AUGCCUGAGAGGGGUCACAAGGCAUUAAUGGCUUUGUCAUCACAAAGGAAACAAUCAUUCGGUGAAACUGUCAGCAGAAAAACUAUGUGUCGAUCAGGAGCAGUCACCAGAAUGAUGGCCUCGCAGGAACAGGUCUGGCCAGUCCCAAUGAAGGCAAUUGGAGCACAAAACCUUUUGACCAUGCCUGGAGGAGUGACCAAAUCAGGAUAUCUUCAUAAAAAAGGAGGCACCCAGCUGCAGCUGCUGAAAUGGCCAUUGAGAUUUGUGAUUAUCCAUGAGGGAUGUAUCUACUAUUUCAAGAGCAGCACAUCUGCAUCUCCCCAGGGUGCAUUUUCUUUGAAAGGUUACAACAGGGUUAUGCGGGCGGCUGAGGAGACAACAUCAAGCAAUGUGUUUCCUUUCAAGUUAGUUCACAUUAGCAAGAAGCACAGGACGUGGUUUUUUUCAGCUUCUUCUGAAGAUGAAAGAAAGAAUUGGAUGCUGUCAUUGAGGAGGGAAAUAGAUCACUACCACGAGAAGAAAGAAACAAUAACAGAGUUCAGUGACUCUGGUUCUGAUGUGGACAGUUUCUAUGGCUCAGUAGAACGUCCUGUUGAUAUCAAGUAUUCUCAUCAUUCAGCAGAUAAUGAAGAUUACGACCAGGAGGAAGAGGAUGAAUCGUAUUUGCAACCAGAUACUUGUGACAUAGUGAAAGAUGAUAUGGUCCUGCCGCCAGCAUACCCACCUCCCCCUGUUCCUCAUAUCAGGAAAACUGCCUACUCAGAAACAAGAUCAAAUUCCUACGCUGGCAAAUCCACUGCACCGACACCACCACCACCACCUCCUAAAAGGAGCUUACCUGAUAUCAAACUGGAGGAUCUCACAAGUCCACCCCCUGUGCCCCCUUUACCUGUUUUUAAAAAGCCUCCGUGUGUCAAAGAACCUUCCCUAUUGCCUCCAGAGCCUCUGCCUCCAGCUCAACUUCUUCCCUCUCCAGAAGGAUGUGAGAAGCUAAAAAACUUAAACAUUUCACCGCGAACUCCUCCUCCGCUACCAGGCAAUAAACCCAAGCUGUCACAGCUUUCUGAAAAACCACUAGAGCCCAAAGUGCCAAGAGAACACAGUAAACCUGGACUGUUUGUGCCACCAGUGCUCCCAAAGCCACCUGUGCCAAGCCACCAGCCCCCUGGAAUCAAGCCUAGAGCAGAGAAGUCUUCAUGUCCUCAGUUACAGAGAUCACCACCAGAUGGACAGAGUUUUAGAAGCUUUUCAUUUGAAAAACCAGCACUACCUUCCAAGCCAAGACAACCUGAUGAUGACUCUGAUGAUGACUAUGACAAGGUUGGGCUGCCUACUUCAGUAUUUCUUAAUACCUUUGAAUCCUUUGAAGUUGAAAGGAUAUUUAAAGCUUGUAGCCCACAGGGACAACCACAGGAUGGGCUGUACUGUAUCAGGAACUCAUCUACUAAGCCUGGAAAGGUUUUGGUUGUAUGGGAUGAACCUUCAGGAAAAGUGAGAAACUACAGAAUCUUUGAAAAGGAUGGCAAGUUUUACCUAGAUUCAGACAUCAUGUUUUUGAAUAUGGGAAGUUUGGUCGAAUACUACAGCACUCAUAUCUUACCUAGCCAUGAAAGCCUGAUGCUGCGGUGUCCUUACGGAUACUCCAAACCAAGGUGA